AGCAGUGAUAUCGGAACUGCGAAAGUCCCCUCUGCAGGCAGACGUCAGGUCUGGCUGGGACGAAAUUCACAGGUGAUCCUGCAACUGAGCCACUGCAGCCCAGAGAAAGUUAGACAAGCAGACCUCCCUCUGUCUGGAAAACCGAAAGGAGCCAGCAAGUGGAGUCUUAAGGGUAGACGCUCUGUGACAAUGUCGACCCUCCUGCGCUGCGUCUCCACUUCUUCUCUCACUUUGUGCCGGCAAGGUGGCCGUCAGAAGAUACCUGGGAGGAGGUGUUUCAGGACGUUCCCUGUGUUGUGGGACCAAAAGGCCUCCAAAGGUGUGCUUUACAAAGACCUGGUGGUUGGCGUUCCCAAGGAGACUGUGCAGAAUGAGCGGCGUGUGGCGUUGUCACCCGCGGGUGUCCAGGCUCUGGUCAAACAGGGCUUCAGUGUGCAGGUGGAGAGCGGAGCUGGAGAGGAAUCCAAGUUCUCUGACCAGCAGUACAAAGAUGCUGGAGCCAAAAUCACUGACACCAAGGGCGCCUUUGGCUCAGACCUAGUCCUCAAGGUGCGAGCCCCUGUUCUCAGUGAGGCAGACCUCCUUAAGCCCAAAUCCACCUUGGUGAGCUUCAUCUAUCCAGCGCAGAACACGGAGCUGAUGAAGAAGCUGUCCGAGAGACAGAGCACAGUGUUAGCCAUGGACCAGGUGCCUAGAGUCACCAUCGCACAGGGCUACGAUGCUCUCAGCUCCAUGGCUAACAUUGCUGGGUAUAAGGCAGUGGUUCUGGCAUCCAACCACUUCGGCAGGUUCUUCACUGGUCAGAUCACAGCAGCAGGAAAAGUACCCCCAGCUAAGGUCCUGGUUAUUGGAGGUGGGGUGGCUGGUUUAGCAGCAGCAGGAGCAGCCAAGUCUAUGGGAGCCAUAGUUAGAGGAUUUGACACCAGGCCAGCGGCCCUGGAGCAGUUCAAGUCAUUCGGGGCAGAGCCUUUGGAGGUCGACAUCAAAGAGUCCGGGGAGGGUGUAGGAGGUUAUGCUAAGGAGAUGUCUAAGGAGUUCAUUGAGGCUGAGAUGGCGCUGUUUGCCAAGCAGUGCAAAGAUGUCGACAUUGUCAUCAGCACUGCACUGAUUCCAGGGAAGCGGGCUCCCAUCCUCAUCAAGAGGGAGUUUGUGGAGUCGAUGAGGGAUGGCUCAGUGGUGGUGGAUCUAGCUGCAGAGGCAGGCGGCAACAUUGAGACCACCAAACCUGGAGAGCUGUAUGUGUACAAGGGUGUAACACACAUUGGCUACUCAGACCUGCCCAGCCGCAUGGCCACCCAGGCCAGCACUCUGUAUUCAAACAAUAUACUGAAGCUGCUUAAGGCCAUCAGCCCAGACAAGGAGUAUUUCCACUAUGAGCCCACAGAUGAGUUUGACUAUGGGACAAUUGACCAUGUCAUUCGUGGGACUCUUGUUAUGAAGGAUGGCAAGAACAUUUUCCCGGCUCCUCUUCCUAAGACAGCCCCCCCGGCCCCGGUGAAACAGAAAUCAGUGGCCGAGCUGGAUGCAGAGAAGAAGGCGCAGGUCUCCCCUUUCAACCGCACCUUGACCUCUGCCAGCGUCUACACUGCAGGUGUGUCCACCUGUUUGGCUUUGGGCAUCAUUUCUCCCAACGCAGCGUUCACCCAGAUGGUGACGACCUUUGGCCUGGCUGGAAUCGUGGGAUAUCACACCGUGUGGGGUGUGACGCCCGCUCUGCACUCGCCUCUCAUGUCUGUCACCAACGCCAUCUCAGGUCUGACAGCUGUAGGCGGUCUGGUUCUGAUGGGUGGGGGUCUCACGCCCUCUACCUUGCCCGAGACUCUCGCUCUGGCUGCCGCCUUUAUUUCCUCCAUCAACAUUGCUGGUGGUUUUCUGAUAACCCAGAGGAUGUUGGACAUGUUCAAGCGUCCCACCGACCCUCCUGAGUACAACUACCUGUACGCCCUGCCUGGGGCUGUGUUUGUAGGCGGAUAUGGAGCGUCAUUGGCUGCAGGAUACAGCAUCGAGCAGAUGAUGUACCUGGGCUCAGGCUUGUGCUGUGUGGGGGCGCUGGCAGGCCUGUCUGCCCAGGGCACCAGUCGCCUGGGAAAUGCCUUGGGCAUGAUAGGGGUUGCAGGGGGCAUUGCUGCCACCUUGGGCACUCUCAAACCCUCCCCGGAGCUGCUGUCCCAGAUGUCUUUGGCAAUGGCCACUGGAGGAACCAUGGGUCUGACCAUUGCCAAACGCAUUGAGAUCACAGACUUGCCCCAGCUGGUGGCAGCCUUCCACAGCCUUGUGGGGUUGGCAGCUGUUCUCACUUGUGUUGCCGAGUACAUGAUUGAGUACCCCCACCUGGACGCUCACCCAGCCGCCAAUGUAGUGAAGACUGUGGCUUAUCUGGGCACCUACAUCGGAGGGGUCACCUUCAGUGGAUCACUGGUGGCCUAUGGCAAGCUUCAAGGCAUUCUGAACUCCGCCCCCCUGCUAUUGCCGGGACGCCACAUGUUGAACGCUGGUCUGAUGGCGGCAUCCGUGGGAGGCAUGGUGCCAUUUAUGCUCAGCUCUAGCUACGGCACUGGCAUGGGCUGUCUACUGGGAGUGUCAGGGCUUUCCACCAUUAUGGGUGUGACACUGACAGCCGCCAUCGGGGGCGCUGACAUGCCUGUGGUCAUCACAGUGUUGAACAGCUACUCUGGAUGGGCACUCUGUGCUGAAGGCUUCCUGCUCGACAAUAAUCUCAUGACCAUCGUUGGUGCUCUGAUUGGCUCCUCUGGUGCCAUCCUGUCCUACAUUAUGUGUGUGGCCAUGAAUCGCUCCCUGCCAAAUGUGAUCCUGGGUGGGUAUGGUACCACCUCCACGGCGGGUGGCAAGCCCAUGGAGAUUGUUGGCACUCACACUGAAGUUAAUGUGGACCAGUCUAUUGAGAUGAUCAAAGAAGCCAGCAACAUCAUCAUCACUCCAGGUUGGGGUCUGUGUGCAGCAAAAGCUCAGUACCCAAUUGCAGACAUGGUGAAGAUGCUGCGGGAACAAGGCAAGACUGUCAGGUUUGGUAUCCACCCGGUGGCUGGUCGUAUGCCAGGCCAGCUGAACGUCCUCUUGGCUGAGGCCGGUGUUCCCUAUGAUGUGGUCCUGGAGAUGGAUGAGAUCAAUGACGACUUCCCAGAGACAGACCUUACAUUGGUCAUUGGCGCCAAUGACACGGUGAAUUCUGCAGCACAGGAAGAUCCCAACUCCAUAAUUGCAGGAAUGCCUGUCCUGGAAGUGUGGAAGUCAAAGCAGGUGAUAGUGAUGAAGCGCACCCUGGGUGUGGGUUACGCUGCAGUGGAUAACCCCAUUUUCUACAAGCCUAACACGUCCAUGCUGCUGGGAGAUGCCAAGAAGACAUGUGACAACCUGCAGGCCAAGAUCAGAGAGGCUUAUUACUAG